GGCUUGUAGAAUUAUUGCCCAUUUGCAGAAAGGCCAGUUAUAGCUCUUAUUCCAAACGUGUAGCAUCAACAUGGCCGCCUUUCAGAUGGGAUCGGGCUACGCAGUGCCUAUGACCCUGUUUAAGAACAAUAGAGAUCGCGUUUCCAAAGCUCUGUUGCGACAACUCUCGAAGAACCUCAAGUUUGAUUCGGGCAAUUUGCUCGUUCUGCUGGAGGGCGGCAAGGAUCAGAGUUUGUACAACACCGAUGUGGACUAUGUCUUUCGCCAGGAGUCAUAUUUUCAGUAUCUUUUUGGAGCCAAGGAGCCCGGCUGCUAUGGCAUCCUCACGAUCGACGUACGGACGGGGGGCGUGUCCAGCAUUCUUUUUGUGCCGCGACUUCCUGAGGAAUACAGCACCUGGAUGGGCGAGCUGCUUACACCAGAAGAGUUCAAGGCCAUGUACGAAGUGGAUGCGGUCUACUAUCUGGAUGAACUCACGGACUAUCUGGAGAAGGCAGCUCCCAAGCUGAUACUGACGCUCAGUGGCACAAACAGCGAUAGCGGCCUCACAAUGCAGCCGCCCGAGUUCGAUGGCAAGGAGAAGUAUGUAACCGACUGCGACCUACUCUACCCCAUAUUGUCCGAGUGCCGCGUUAUCAAGUCUGCCGAAGAGAUCGAAGUUCUGCGUUAUGUGGCAAAGGUCUCGUCGGACGCCCACAUCAAAGUAAUGAAGUUCAUACGCCCUGGCAAGAUGGAGUUUGAGGGGGAGUCUCUGUUUCUCCACCACUCCUACUCCGUGGGAGGUUGUCGUCAUGCCUCCUACACAUGCAUCUGCGGCAGCGGCACCAACUCGUCUAUUCUGCACUAUGGCCAUGCCGGAGCACCCAACAGCCGACCCAUCCAGGAUGGCGAAAUGUGCUUGUUCGACAUGGGGGCCAACUACUGCGGCUAUGCGGCAGACAUUACCUGCACUUUCCCAGCCAACGGCAAGUUCACGGAUGACCAGAAGUUCAUUUACAAUGCUGUGCUAGAUGCUCGCAACGCGGUUUCUGAGACAGCACGCGAUGGCGUUUCGUGGGUGGACAUGCACAAGCUUGCCGGCAAGGUAUUGCUGCAACGUCUCAAGGAGGGUGGCAUGCUUAAGGGCGAUGUCGAUGAAAUGCUCGAAGCUGGACUCUCGGCCGUCUUUCAGCCGCACGGCCUGGGGCACCUGAUUGGCCUGGACGUUCACGAUGUGGGCGGAUAUUUACCCACUGAGCCGAAGCGCCCCAACGAGCCGUGGCUGUGCAAGUUGCGCUUUGCCCGUGUUCUCAAGGCUGGCAUGUACGUGACCAUUGAGCCGGGCUGCUACUUCAUCAAGCGAUUGAUGGACGGCGCUCUGGCCAAUCCAGAACUACGCAAAUUCAUCAAUGUGGACGUCUUCAAUCGUUUCCGCAACUUUGGUGGUGUUCGCAUUGAGGACGAUGUCCUCAUUACCCAGAAUGGUAUUGAGAAUUUUGCAAUUGUGCCACGCACCGUUGAGGAAAUCGAGGCGACCAUGAGCUCCGAAUAGCCCCAUGAAGGCUAGAGGGCUAUCCAUUUAUCAGUUUAUCUAAAAGCACACAAUAUAUUAUCUGUAUUAAAUGUCAUAAUCAAAUUAUGUUUAACCAAUAAAUACAUUAUUUGUGGGGAUAUGAUCGAUAAAA